AUGGGUCUUCCAUUGUUUGUAGAGCCAAUCGAGUCAAACUUGCCCAGCAAGGUUGCCUCCAAGACGGAAGCUGCCUCGCCUCCGCCCCCGCGACGCACAAACCGAUCAGAAAUUCGCGAGCGUCGCAAUGGCAUUAGACGCGCAGGCGUUCGAAUUUACAGCCCUAGAGAACGGAAUUUACCACACAAUACACGAGAGCGCCUGUUGCCAUGGGUAGAAUCGCCAUCGUCCCGGGCUCAGGAUCCUACUGGCACAGCAGCAGACCGUCGAUCGGGAAUGUUUCGCGAGGUGCUUCGAGAGAUGAGUGGAAGUGAUGAACGUCGUAGAGAGCGCCUUGAGGAGCGCAUGAGCUCUCUUUUCAACCACAGUUGGAGAGAUGCCACUCCAAACACAGCACCAACUGAACAUGAGAAUAUGUCUGAAGGGGUAGACCUUGGAUGGUGGCCUGGAGAAUCUCCCCGUUUUUCUCAUUUACGGCAAUCACGACUCACACCACAAAUUCGGGUUACUGGGCUUCCGGAAGGUACUCGGCCUCCCCCUGCUCGCAGAAGCCAUAUUCCACCACCGCAAGAACCGGUGGACUCUCGUGCUGGAGAUAUCCGUCCACCCGAACCUCGUUUAAUUCGCAGCCUCAAUGCCCGUCAAAUGAUGCCUAGUCGACGUGCUGCGCAGGGCCUGGAUGGUCUCGGGGACCGAGAGAGAAGUUUGAGCCCUGAGGUGUGGGAUACACUCCUGUCCACGCUGACACCAGACCCCCAACCGCCGAGCGUUGGGUCGUCAUUCGCAUCCGUGACGGCAUCGCAAACUGCUGGUCCGUCCUCAGGAACGCCAACCUCUGCGCCAGACAUCACAGAGGAUGCGCCCCUGGAUGCGCCAUGUGAAUCAGGAUGCGAAAACUCGGACAUGGAAAUGGAUGACCCAGACUACGAGCACCCCGAUUUCGCGAGGAUUCGACGACAGAGAAGUGAAGCGGCGGCGGCGGCACAGCAGUUGGCUGCCACAAACGAAAGGUUUAGGGCCCAGCUAGGUGCGGAAGCCGGUUUCCACGCACAGUUGUUCACGCCGACAGGCCGCACAACAAGACAAAUCAAUACUCCCAACGGACCUCUAACCAUUUACGAGUCCACGGGGCGACUUGGUCAACCACUAAAUGCAUCUCGUUGGAGGAGACCACUCAGCAGUACUAAUCCGUAUGGCAUCUGGAUCGGCCAAGCCCCGGUGGGUGCAUCUGGUGAGGAAGACCGGGAUCCCGAUGGACCCCUUCAGCAUGCAGGGGAAACUCCUUCUUCAACACACGCCAACCCCAUGGCCUCUGAAGAUGACUGGGCAGGCAUGCAACGCAUCGUCCGUAGCCUUGCCCGAAGAGAAGACAUCCCGGAUGAGUGGUGGGCUGAUGCUGGCCUCAGCCGCACACUCAGACAAGAAGAAACGAGUACGACGGGCAGCAGUACUCCACGACAAAAUAUUUAA